GUUUCAAAUGUACUUUCUACAUUAUGGAUCUUCAAUACGAUGCUCUAUAUCGAAUGAUCCAACUAGGUGUCUUCUACCUGCCUAGAGAUAGGCAUGAUUUUAGUGUUAUUAAUGAUGCUUUGGAAGUACUCCUUCAUGCACAAUUAUCACUAAAUCGUAAAUUAAUGAAAAGGCACUCAUUUCAUACGCCCAUGAAGGUUUCUCCUCAAAGUUGGGAAGCUUUAACUCAUUUAGAAGACCAGUUCAAGUCACCCUCUGAUUUUGAGAUCAUAUUAGCAUUACGGAAAGCACAAGAUAAAUGGGGUACUAAGGUUAAUGCUGUUAAUUCGAGUCAGUGA